AGAAGAAGAAGAAGAAGAAGAAGAAGAAGAAGAUGGCGGUGUCGAAUUACGAGUAUCCAAGGCUGCGGCGGCCGGAAAUAAUAGCAAUCUUAGGGCAGUUUCAGAUAGCGAACGUGACGGAGCAGGAUCUCGUGAACCCUAACCCUGACUUGAUUUCGGACCUGUACACUCGCAUCCUUAUUCGUCUCGACUUUCUCCUCGAGGAAGACAACGAGCAGCUUGACUUUGAUGCCCUAGAACAGCUCGAGAACCCUGAUUUUCACCUCGAAUCUGUCCGCGCCAUCAAGCUCUACGUUAAGAUCAAGGACGCCCUCGCAUUGCUUGAGUGCCCUAAGAAUUUUGUCUUCACCGAUCUUCUUAUGCCUGAUACUCACCGAACAGAGUUUUUCCUUGGCGCUCUUCUCAAUUUCUGUCUCGACAGGGAGGUAAGAAUGAACUCGGUAUCGGAAAUUGUGGAUGAAUUUAACGCUCUAGAGUUGCAGCGUACGGAGUUGGAAGAGCAUAAGAUUUUGCAGUUGAGAUCGGAGAUUUCUGAAUGCAAUGAAGCAAAGGAAAGGGAGAUGCCUGCUGUUCAGGAGGUGGAUGCAAAAGUUAAAGAACUGCGUCAAACUAUUGGGGCCCUCAACAACAACCAGAUGUCUUUGAGGACUUCUUUAAAGAAGUUGAAGGAUAAGAUUGGGGAAAUGGAUGAGAAGAUUUCUAAUGCUGAAUUUACACUGGUACAAAAUGUUCAAGAAAAUGCAAAUCUACGUUCAAAAAUUGCUCAAUCACCUGAUAAAGUACAGAGGGCUUUAGAGGAAAAGAAAUUAGCUCGAGAGGAGGCAAGAAAUGCUGAAAGAUUAGCAAUGCAAACUUUCCAUGAGAAGACUGCCCUUGAUGAGGUUUAUUCCAAGGUUUACAAGAAAAUGUCAAAGCACUACAAGCAGAUGCAGGCUAUACAAGAACAGGUAAAUUCUGCUAAAUCUAUUGAGAAGGAUCUUAAAGCAUUAAAAGCUAAACUUAGUGAUGAAGAAGUACUGGAGAAGUCACUCGAUGCCAAAUUGGUUGAAAGACAAAAAAAAGUUGAGCAGGAAGAAGAAUUGAGUAAGCAGUUCGAGAAAGAGUGCAAUAUUCUGUGGGAGGAAGCAACUAAAAACCUAAGUAGUAAAAAAUCAGAGGUGGAAUCUAAGAGAUGUGCCAUGGAAACGAGGCAGAGAAAUGUUGAGGCUGUGUUAUCUGAGGUAAAUGCCAUAAAUAGUAAAAUUACAUCAGUAAAAGAUUAUGGAGCAGUUAAAGUGGAACAGUUAGAUCGCAAAUGUGAAGAGAUAGUUGAAGAGUUUCAUAAGUAUGCAAACUCGAUUGCACGUGUGAUCGAAUCUGGGCCAAAGAGUCAAGGCUAUUGAAGGAGGUGG